UCAUGUCUCACGUCUUCAAACCUCUGGUCACUAGAUUCGUUGAUAGCAGCAAAGAUUUAAAGACCCAAGAAAACUUAGGUCUGUAUUGUGAAAUUCGACAACUAAUGACCCACGUCAAAGAAGGACAUGGCAGUACCUUUAGGAGAGUGGCUUUGAGUGCUCUUCUUGAUACGGCAGAUCGUCCUAGUAAGAAGGAAGCUAACAUUCAGACGACACGAGUAAUAAGACAUGUUCACCUGUCUGAAAUGGAAGAUCAGCCAGAUGUGGCUGCUGAAGCUUCUUAUACGAUAGAUGAAAAAGGAGUGAGAAAAUUACUAUUCAAGAAAAGAAGUACUUCUUCCACUUGUGCAGUUAGCAUGAAAAGUUUGUUAGAGACUGAAGCUGAAGAAUUGUCCAAAGCUAGUCAAAGUCCCUUAGGUAAUAUUCGUAGGAAGCAUUAUAUUUUAACACCCAGACAGAGUGAAAAGGCUUUCCACAUAACUGCAACAUCCAAACCAAAGAAAUCAAAACUUGGUGGCAUAGUGAACUGGUUUAAAAAGGGGGAUCAAAAUUCAAAUGAAGAAUCUGAUAACAUAGAGAAUGGGGAAUCAUUCACAGACACUUCGAGUUUUCUGAGACAAUCUGGAAAGGUAUACCAACAAAAGACAUCAGGAAGAAGUAAUGUGGGUCAUACUAUUCAAAAAGCUAAGAGAAGAAUGGAAGAUAAAUUUAAAUUUGUCUUGAAGAAGGGCAAAAAGAAAGACGGUAGUUUGGAAGAUUCAGCAGGUGGAAUGUAUAGUAGAAGAAAUUCAUUCGAAUUUGGUGAAAACUCCCGAGAAUCAGAGUUUGUGGUAUUAAAAGAAAGAAAACUUAUCUCAACGGGUUUGGUCUACAGUGGAACAUUAAGGUUAUCAUUUUUGUUAGAAACCUGCCCACCAGGUUCUGUUCCUGAUGCAUAUUUGUUAGCUUCAAUUUUGGAUUUGCCCCACUCUGCGGUCGUAGCCAAAGCAGCAGUUCUUUUAGAGUGUUCUUACUUUGUACAUUGUUGCAAUAAAGGACAGUGGCCUUCGUGGAUGAAAUUAAAUUUCCCCAUGUUUAGACCAUCCGGCCCUCUGCCACCUAGAGGCAACAGCACUGGCAUCAGACGGUCACAUAUCAUGCAAAGAGCUGCGGGAAAAAUGUUCCAUCAAUGGGCCGAAGUGUUAGGUCAAAGGCUGGAAGAAUUAAUCAACGAAGACAAAAACUUGGAACCUCAAAUAGCAGCCAUGAUUUUAGAUGAACAGAAACAAAAGGAACUUUUGAUGCAAGAUGAAGAAGAAGAUUUCUUAGACGAGGCAAGCAUUAAUACGUAUGGAUCCAGCUGCCCUAUGGCGUUAAGAUUAAUUGCAUGUAUCUUAUUACACGAAAUAACGGCAUUUCUGAGGGAAACGUAUCAAACUUUGCCGAAAUCAUCCAGAGUUACGGGAAAGGAAAGGCCUCCUCCAUGGGAAAAGCUUUACAGCAAAGAGGCCAACAGAAGAUGGAGUAUGGCUCUAUCUUCAAUGGGACAUUCACAAACCUCUGCUCAGAGUUUACAGUCGAUUGCUGGUGACAGAGAUUCCGGUCAAGCUGAGAGGAAAAUUAGUUUCGUACUUCACGAACCUGAUAACGAGUCUGAAGGGAGUAGCAAUACCACUAUUACUAUGCAGCAAAUGAUGCAGUCGGAAGAAAAAAGGACGGGUGGACAAAGUAGGCCUUAUUACUUCAGAAGAGGCACAACAGCUCCUACCAGUUCAGGUGGAUCAUUUAAAAGAAGAAGUUUGAAAUUGCGACGUGGCACAAAAGAAGGAAAGGACAUGGAAUUGGAAUGGAGAAUUCCGGAAACUGUGAAACGAACAGAUUCUAUACAAUCUAAGCGUAAAGUCAGCUCGUUGUCAGAUAGAAGUGAUACUUCAGAACCAGGAAUAGCUGGUGAAGCAAGUGGUGAGGAGUCGCCAGGUGUUUUGAGUGAUGAUCAACCUCCGGAAAGCCCUAGUGACAGCAACGACACGGAUGACACAACCAAAAAUAUGCCGUGGAUGAAAACGAUGGUCCAAGUAUCCAAUUCCUUCUAUUAUUUUUGUACCCAUCAAAACUUCUGCCAUCCAUUUUGCUACAGACGUGUAAUGAGAGCUUGUUCACGAUUAGUGAAGGCAGUAAGGAAAGUUUAUGGUGAAGAAUUUGGAGUGUUGGACGAUAAACUAAGUAUGGACUGCGACAGCAAAAAGAAAAACAAGAAAGACAAAAAUCAAAAUAGGAAAGUAUCAGAUCAAACCAGUAGUCAAGUUUCCCCUAUCCGUAGAAAAGAUAGCGUUGGAAAGAAAGAUAAGAUCGACAAAAAUUUGGAUGGCUCUCAAAUGAGCAAACUGGCAUCUAAAGAUUCAUCAAGAGACAUUGCAGACUCCGACAUUGGAGCUGACCCUUCAAAACAAUCAAAUGAUGGUAAACCAAAGGAACCUCCAGCAAUUCUCAAAUAUAUAAAGAGCCAAAUUAAAGAUGUGUUCCAUGCACCUUUAGCAGUACUACUUAAAGGUGCUACGAUAUUAACUGAAGAACAUUUCAUUGAGAUUAUACCAGUUGCAUGGGAACUACUGUUAGAAUCUAACAGAGAAGUAACUGCCUGUGCAGCUUCGCUAUUCAUUUUAGCAGCAGUGAAGGCACCUCAGGUUGUUUCUGAUUUGAUGCAACACGGUUUAUCUCAUUCAGAUCCGGCGAUACGAAUUAAUGCUAUUUUAAGGUUUCAAGUUUUGUGGAAGAUGAGGUACCAAGUAUGGCCUAGAAUGGAAGAAAAUGCACAUGUAAUUUUUAAAAUUCCACCACCCGGUAUUGAAUUUACUCUGCCGUCACCAAAAAUUGGAAUUGAGUCUUUAGAUGUGGUAGAUUCUCCUUGGGAACUUUCAGUUAAAACUAAAGUUGAAGAAGUAACAAUAAAUCAAGAGAGACAUAGAUCAUUGGUAACAGCGACUAAAACUAGAAAGAAAGAAAAAACGGAAUUGAUAAAAAUGGCUCUUCAAGCUCAAGAUGAUAAGAAACGUGAAGAAAGAGAGAAUUUCUUAAUAACAACAAUUCCCAUUACAAUCCAAGCGGCUCACGAGCCUAGUCUGUAUCAUACCGGAGAGGACCACGAAGAAGUUGAUGAUGAGCAAGUUGAGGGCCAGCCUCGAAACACCGGUCAUCAUUUACAUUCAGCUCAUUCUCUUUUCCCUUCUUGUCUUUGCUCGGCUGUAAUUCAAAUCAUAACCCUUCUGGAUGACGCCGCAGUAUCUCCGGAUGGAAACGCAGUUUAUGAAGUUUCAUAUCAAGUGAUUUGGACUUGCUUGGUAGAAGACAGUGCGCUGUUUCUGCGUUACAUUCUUGAACGUCUUACUAGAGAUAAACAAGAAAUUAUGUUCAAGAUUCUGAGACACCUUAUUCGAUUCAUCCCUAAAUUACCACAACAGGCUGCUUUUGCUCUAUACAAUUACAUUAUUGGCUACGUCAUGUUCUAUGUAAGGAGUUCUCAUGAAGAAGGUCAGUUUAUGAUAGGAGCUGCUUUAUCGUUGCUGUGGAUGGUGGUUCACAGCGUACAUGGAAUUAUGUUCAAAGACUUGAAGCAAAUAUUAAGAAAGGAGCAAUGUGACGCUUCAAUUUUACUAACUGCUAAUGUUCCUUCUGCAAAGAAAAUUAUAGUUCAUGGACCUCAAGACCCUGAUGCUGGAGGUAUUCCUUCUCAGUUUCCUGUUCAGGAAGACACACAAUUUUGUCAAAUUUUGCGUGAAGCUUUGGACUUCUUUGGAAUCGACGAAAACCGUCACAAAGAAUUCUUCCUUGUGGACUACAAGACUCAUCAAAUUCGCAAUCCCGCUUCAUAUGUAAGGGACUACUACUUUUUUAAGAGGUCCCAAUAUCCUCAACUCGAACUGGUUCACAUGAAACCUGACAAGGCUUUUAAUGCUCUUCAAAAGCAAGAACUAGUUCAUAAAUUCGUAGAAAUUGGAAAAGUUCUUCUAACCUGGGCUAUAUUAAAAAAUGUUGAUAUGGUGGUGCAAAGAGUUGUAUUUCUUCAUGAAGAAUUGAUGAAGCUGCCUUCAUUUCCCAGAAAGGCAUUGGAAUCUGAUCCAGACUUAUAUAAAGGAGGGGAGCUUGGAAAAGAACUGCUUGGAUUGGACGUACUUCACAAGUUUAUGUGGGUGCGACUAAUUGCGAGAAUGUUUGAAGCUAUGGCAGGAAAUUUUGCUUACUCUGGUGAUAUACACCUAUUCGUAAAUGUUCUUAAUGGGGCUGUUAUUCUACAUUCUGAAGAUGCGUGUAUACUGAGAUACGUCAUGGCUACUUACAUCAAUGCUGCAUUUCAUUUCAAGAACAUUUUCUCCACUAAUGGAUAUUUAUUAAUAAUGCCAACCUUGUUGAAAAUUUACUCCAAUCAUCAAACAAAUACGUUAGUAACAACCACAAUAGAAUAUGCAGUAAAACAAUUUUACUUAAUGAACAGAAAACCAUUCAUUUUACAAAUGUUUGGGUCAGUAUCAGCAAUGUUAGAUACAGAUGAAGAAGGAACUUAUGGAGAUGCACAUAAAAUUCAGUCAAGUUGCCUGUUUAAUUUACUCUUAAGUUUGGAGACUCCCUCUCCUGAUCCUUUAAAUAUUGGAGAACUUGUCAAAGAAGACAAGCCUUUAAAAGCUAUUGAUUUCUGUUAUCAUGAUGAGAAUGAAAUGGUCACAAUUCUGGAUUGUAUUUCUAUGUGCGUUAUGGUUGUUUCAUAUUCUUCUGAAAGUAUAAGGGGCUAUCAGAUGCUGAUUAUACUGGAAGCUAUAUUGCCUUGCUACGUACAACAUAUUCAACUUCCUUCUUAUAACAAAGAAGGGAAGACGGAAAAAGAAAUAAUACACCAACUAGCAGUUGCAAUGAAAACAUUAGUCAACAAUUGUGAAUCCCUUACAAAGAGUUACAACGGUCCUUACCGAUCGAGUCCAGAGCACAAAGGCUCAAGCCAAAGAAACUACAGUCGAGGUCCAUAUUCUCCUGGUUUUGACUUUGAGGAUGAUUCUCAUUCUAAAUUUAUGAGUGAACAUUCCAGAGCCAAAAGCAUGUACGAACAUGACGUUGAAGAUUCAGAAGUUUUAAGAGCCGAAUAUAGAAGACCAAGAGAUGUCUUGCUCAGUCUUGUAGGAGAGUUUGUUUGUAGAGCUACAAAUAGAUUACAAGAUUUGAAUAAAAAGAAUAACCAAGAAGGAAAAAUAAUUGAGUUGUUGGAUAUUAAAUCGCAUAUACGACUGGCGGACAUUGCUCACACCCUGCUUAAAGUUUCCCCAUACGAUCCUGAAUCUAUGGGAUGCAGAGGUUUACAACAUUAUAUGAGUUAUAUUCUUCCCUCGACGGAGUGGGCAAAUGAUGCCAUGAGACCUGCCUUGGUGACUAUUUUGAGAAGACUUGACAAAGUGUUUCAAAAGAUACAAAAGAAAGCAUCUAUACGAAGAAACACUGAUUGGGAUGCUGCAGCUGGUCUCUUAAAAGGUAUUUAUGAUACCAUGAUCAAAUAUCCGUAUAUUAUUCAUUGGCAACAUAUAAAAGCUUUAAUAAAUACUUGUCAGUCAUUAAUUGUCAGUGAUACUUGUGUAACUGAAGGAGUAUCUUCAGCUACUGCAGCAUUGAUGAGUCAAGCACCACCUCCUCAUUUUUGUACAAUGGUGGUACGAUUAAUUGCAUUACAAAUACAAAAUACACCAGAAACAUGUACUUUGGAGCAAGUUUGUGGAGGCAGUUCCACCUUCCCAUCUCAAGAGAAAACCGAAAGUAUGAUCAUGAAUUUGAUCAUGCCUUUGUGUUUACGUGUAGGCAGUGGAAGAAAAGAUGUUCCUUCAAUGAAGAGCAACGACAUAAGCUUUGCCUUGACGUUGGUUCUCCAUGCCAUGAGUCCACCAGGAGGUGCUACAGGUCCAAAUAUGAAAUCAGUUGCUGAAAUUCGAACUGGCAGUUUAACAUUUACAGGCACUAGAGACACCAAGACCACCUCCAAAAUCAAUACGUCACUUUACCAAGUGGCAUUUUUAGCCUUGAAAAUUAUGACGAUAUGCUUCGAAGGAGAACUAAUAACGGACUGGUCUAGAAUAGCACGUACAAUGCGGGAACUUGGAAAGAGGAACGAAGCAGCCACGUUUCUUUGGGACUUCUUGGACUUUGUUGUCACACACAGAACUCCACUGUUUAUACUGAUGCAGCCUUUUAUUUUUCAAAAGCUUGCACAACCACCAAUUUCGGACUUCGAAAGGAACGUUCACUCCAAAAUAAGGGACAAAAUGAGAGGUAUUGGUCUUCCAUUUCCUAAAAGUAGAGGUGCCCUUCUAAUGGAACUAGCACAUCAGAUGAAGGAGUUAAAAGAAGAACUUGAUGAAAGUUCUGCUAGCACCGAACCUAAGAAGCCAGAAGGAAAUCAACCAACUUGUCAUACUGUCAACGAAACAGGAACAGGAAGGCAAAGACAUUCCCUCAUUGGAUUGUUCACUGGGGAUCAUCAUAAACAAGUACCCGUGGAACACCACGGCCACCAUGGCACUACCAUCAAAGAAUCGUCGACUAGCACUAGCCACGGAUCUGCGUCGAUCAAUCAGGGUCAGGUUGAUGGGCAGGAAGGAAACGGAACCACAACGCCCCAAAAUGCCGCUGAUCGUUCCUCGCAACGGUCAUCUGUCAGUGACGAUCACGGAGGAGUGCCAUCCACCGUGCCCAAAUCCGAAUCUAUCAUGUCUCACAAGGCUCAUAAACUCCGCUUUGUCCCUUCUGUAGAAUUUAGACAUUCCUCAGGUGAGACCUCGACCACUCCUCUAAGUCCUGGCAGUCCAGUAGAAGACAGUUCAGUAGAAACGCCCAACAAGUCCAGAUUGCAACGCAUUAAACCGCAAAGUCGUAAAACGUUCCGACUGAGGAAAAGUAGAAAGAGUAGCAAGACUGAGGUCGGCCAUGUAAAACUGGAAUCAGAAGAUCAGCCGCCGCCAAGCCCCAAGCAAACAUCGCCGCCUGCUCAGUUACCUUCGCAAUCCCAGGAAUUGCCAACAUCCAGUAGCGCCGCCACACCAACCCAGCAACCGACGCACACACCACAACCGUUACAAGAUCCGCACAAACUGAGGAUACAGACCAGGGGAAAGAUGACUGAAGGGUCUUGGGACGAAGACAGUGCCAUAUCGCAAACGUCCAGUACAUCAGGGUACAGGGAGUCUUAUCCAGUAAUGCAUCUUAAGGAACCACUAGAAACAAGUCCAAAAGCUUUUCCUCCAUUGGCUUCGCCAGAUAUUCACGAUCUGCCCAGCACUAGUAGCGCCACCACCACUAAUAAUUUCAUGCAUUGCACAGACAACAGCUCACCAGAUUGCUCUCUGGAUGGGAACGGUGAAAAGACAGCAUUGCUGAAGAAAGAUGACAGAGACAGAUCCCCGUCACAACAUUCACUAUUGAUGGUUUUCGACAGACAAGACGAGACUACUCUCAUAUAGGAUUAAUUUGUUUAUUUUAUUAUUUUUUCACUAAAAUACAGUAAGAAAUAGUCAAUGGAUAGACCAUUCUCAAUGUUAAUGAGUAUUUCUUUCCGAUAAAUACUUGUUUUAGAAAAAUUAGUGCCAACAUUAGAAUGGUUGUUGUUAUAUGAAUAUUUAACCUUGUAGAAGACUGAUUAAGCCAGAGGCAAUGUGAACUUGAUUAUGAAAAGGCCUCUGCAGAAGUGAUAGAAAAUUAUAGUCGUGUUACUAUACGUCAAAAAUAAAAUAUAAAUUAUA